GUUUGCUGUCAUUUCAAUUUCUCAAAUAAAUCAAAACAUUCAAAUAAUUUUAUUUUUUAAUUAAUUAAAAUGGCCCAAGCCGUCCGUUCAACAGUUAAACAAGUAAAACCGAUAUUGUCCCUUGAUAAGGAGGAAGCCAGAAAGCGUGUUCUUACUUUAUAUAAGGCAUGGUACAGGCAAAUCCCUUACAUUGUAAAACAAUACGAUAUUCCUAAAAGUGAGGUACAGUUAAGGGAAAAACUAAGAGAGGAGUUUACUAAACACAAGAAUAUUCAAGAUGUGAGGAUCAUUGAUAUGUUGGUCAUUAAGGGCCAAAUGGAGCUGCAAGAAGUGGUACAUAUAUGGAAACAGAAGGGCCACAUAAUGGCCUACUUUAAGGACACCUGGGCGCCCAAACCUAAGGAUUUCUUAUCAAAGUUUUUGGCUGGAAAGGAAUAGGCUGUUGGUAGAACUAAGUGUAAAUGAUGUUAUAAUUUAAAUUUGUUAAAGAAAAAAACCUAGAAACAAUAAAGAGUAGUCUUAAAGAAA